AUGAUGGAGAAGUACGGGUUUGUGAAUGUGAAGAUCGAAGCACAACUCCAUGGCAUCACCAUCAUCACUCCCUGCAAGUUCAGGGUGCCAGUGGGUGAAAUCUACUUCCUGGUGCAUGUGGAUCGAGGCAAUGCUUUGCAAGCAGCACAUGAUGAUUUGCCUUCGAUGCAUUUGCUUGGCCAUUUGGAGGAGACACAAGAUGGACGGCCGCGUCUUUUCGCACAGCGUCUUCUUCCCAGUGAGGACUUUCGAUCGCCCAAAGAGGUCAAGAUGAUGCAUGAGACCUUGGAGAAUGGCCUGUCCAAGAACAUCCAGGACGCCUACGGCGAUAUUCACUUGGACUUGGUGUUCAACAAUGGGCACAUUCAAAGGCUCAGGGAGCGUCGGGAUUUACCGUGUCUCUUUGAGGGGUUCAUCUCCAUUGCAGACAUUGACAUCUCCACCAAGAUCCAUUUGGUCCUUCGCUUCCCCAAGCUCCAUGCCUGCGACUUCUCUCCAAGGAGACUGGCCGAGUGGAUCGUUUGCCGGGCACAAGAGCGACUCCACGAGAAUUUCUAA